GGUGUGUGGCCUUGGGCAAGUUACUUAAUUUCCCUGAGCCUUGGUUUCCUCAUGGCUGAAACGGCCACAAGGGCGUGAAGGGCCUGGAGUCGGGCUGGCGGAGCUCAGCACUGCCUGGGCUCCUGUGGGCACACAGCCAGUUGGCCAGGACCUUUGAAACUGUUUCCUGGCCAAGUACACGACCCCAGGAUGGCGUUCCUCAGCCUGGUUACAACAUUCUUUCCCCUCAGUGACAGCCACACAGACCCAAUAUUGGCCACCAAGAAAGCAAGAUGGAAAAAAAAAGCACCCUGGGCAGGAAGCCAUGCUUAAAAGUUCACGUGACCGCUCCUGGGGGCCACUGGGGACUACCACCCACGCCCAUGUGGCUGGAGCUGCUCAGGUCUGGGUGCCUGAAGUGCCAGGUGGAUACUGCAACAUCCUUUGUGUGCUGUCAAGACAGCGGGCAGUGGUCAGGGAAGGCCUCCAGGAAGAAGCGGCAGGGUAGAUGGAGGCACCUUGGAUCGGCCAGGAUGCCCAGGGAGAAACAUGUGCGGCCCCUCCGCCCCUUAACCGAAGGCUGGACUCCCCUCCCCCCUGGUCUGCAGCUGCUUCUCCGGACGGAGGGAGGGGAAGUGGCCAGAAGGGGAAGUGUGAGGAGUUCCUGUCCAGCCUGUCGCCUGUCACCAGUCUCCUCUGGUCUUGGGAGCAGCCCGUGGUCUGGCCGUGGCCAUGGAGUCGCCAGAGACCCCGGUGAAAGACGGCCUCCUGUACCUGCAGCACGUCAAGUUCGGCAAGAAGUCCUGGCGGAAGGUGUGGGCCCUGCUGUAUGCGGGCAGCUCGUCGGGCGUGGCUCGACUGGAGAGCUGGGAGGUCCGGGACGGGGGCCUGGGGCCGACAUGCGACAGGGCCAUGGGGCCCAGCCGGCGAGGGGAGCGCCGGGUCAUCCGCCUGGCUGACUGUGUGUCCGUGCUGCCGGCCGAUGGCGAGAGCUGCCCCCGGGACACUGGGGCCUUCCUGCUCACCACCACGGAGCGAAGCCACCUGCUGGCAGCGCAGCACCGCCAGGCGUGGAUGGCCCCCAUCUGCCAGCUGGCUUUCCCGGGCACAGCGGAGCCUUCCUCGGGACCAGGGGAGCCUGAGUCGCCUAAGAGAGGCAAUAUCCCCAUGGAGGAAAACUCCAUCUACUCCUCCUGGCAAGAAGUGGACGAGUUCCCAGUGGUGGUGCAGAGAGGGGAAGCUGCCCUGCGCUGCCAGCUACAGGGCCCCUACAUCCUGGUGCUGGGCCGAGAUGCCAUCCAGCUAAAGGGGACUUCCAGCGCCCAGGCCCUCUACAGCUGGCCCUACCACUUCCUGCGCAAGUUCGGCUCUGACAAGGAUGUGUUCUCCUUCGAGGCUGGGCGCCGCUGUGACUCCGGGGAGGGGCUUUUUGCCUUCACCAGCCCUCGCGCCCGUGACCUGGGUAAGGCUGUGGCCGCCACCAUCGCCCGCCAGCGGGAGCGGCUGCCUGAGUUGGCUGGGCCCCGGCCCUGCCCCCUGCCGCGGGCCACCUCCCUGCCCUCCCUGGACGCCCCAGGAGAGCUCCAGGAGGUCCUGCCAGGGCCCAGGCCGCCCACCUCCAGGAGGGCACACAGGGCCGAUCCCGGGCCCCAGAGCCUCCCACUGCUGCUGGGCCCUGAGCCCGACGAGCCGGCCUCCAGGCUGUAUGCCUCCGUGUGCAAGCGGGCCAGCGGGCCCUCAGAAGCCACGGAGCACCUCUACGAGAACGUUUGCUUGCUGGACGCCGGCCCCGGGCUGCCUGAUGCAGGCCCCAAGUCCCUGGAGGGCAGUGGCGGCUGCAGCCCCUCAGCCAGCUCCAUCUACCACAACAGUGAAGACCUGAGCUGGCCCAGCCCGGCCCCAGAUGUGAGUCUGGAGGCCCAGUACCGCCGGCUGCUGGAGCUAGAACUGGACGAGGCCGGGGGCCCUGGCCGCCCUGGCGCUCAGGCAGGCUUCAAGGCCAAGUUAGUGACGCUGCUGAGUCGGGAGCGGAGGAAGGGCCCUGCCCCCUGUGACCGGCCCUGAGCGGACACACCCCCACAGCCACUCCGGCCUGCCUGCAGGGACCAGGCAGGGGCACCUGGGAAGCGACUCACCCCUGCCCUUCCUGCCCCCAGCAUUCAGUGAACACAGUCUCUGAUGAAGCUCGCCGGGGCCGGCUCCCCUGGCUUCCGCCUCCCCUGGCUUCCGCCUCAUAGCCCGUGGUCCAGCCACCCUCACUUCAGCUUCCUGGUUGGCUUUCAUAGGUUGCCAUGGGCACACAGACCCUCUUGUUCACUGUAGCAAAUGCUGGUACCCUGUAUGGCGCUCUGGGGACAAGGUGAGCUGGGCCUGACCUCAGCCACCAAUGGCUCAGAUGCACCUGAGCAGCCGGGCAGGGUACAGAUGGGGCCCCAUGUGGCAGGAAUGACAGGACAGCCAGGUGGGGCUCUCGGCAGGGGGUGGGCAGGGUCGGCAGUGAGCCGGGCUGUCCAGGCUGAGGACGGCAUGCACGGGCCAUACCCAGUGAGGACUGGACACGGAGGUGCUCUGGGGCAGAGGGGAGAGAAGCAGAUAGGAGGGUCUGCGCCCAGCCCUGCAGCCUACUAGGUCUCAUCCUUGGGUGAGGAGCACGGACUCAGGAAGCAGCUAGGGGAGGCUGAAUUUGUGGGCAUGAAACAGGCGAUCAGGAAGCCCAAACUGGGGAGAAGUUGGAGAAAGCUUAAAUCACGACACCCAGAGCGGGUUAAGCCCCUGCUGGGACCACGGCAUCCCUUGUCAGAGCAGAGUCCCAGCGGCCCUGCUCUCACCCACCUCUGUGCUAACAGCCUGGGAACGAGCAGAGGAUGGCCCAAGGGCUUGGGUCCCUGCCACCCACCUGGGAGACCCAGAUGGAGUUCCUGGUUCUUGUCUUUGGCCUGGCCCAGUUCUGGCUGCUGCACUUCCGAUCCAGUGUAGGGAACCAGACCGGAGGAACCGUGCCCCUAAGAUGGCGCCGACUCCCUGCUUCCGGGUUCUUCCUCAUCUCAGGGAGUUCCCGCUCUUGCUCGCUCCUUCCCGCCUUAGAUUUCCCGCUCUAGCUCGCUCCUUCCCGCCUUGCCACGAGAUUGUCCUAUCCCCGCGCUUCUAGCCUAUCACCUGAUUUGUGACGUGUAUUGUGCAUAUAAACCCUUGCUACGCGGGUGUAAGGGAAGUUCCUGCCCAGAAGAGAUCGAAGCUGGAUCUCCUGCUUGCCGAGCAAUAAAGGAACCCCGUGCAAAGUGUUCGGUCUCUGUCUCUUGCUGGACGAGGACGGCGCCGAGCAGCUGGU